AUGGCGACCAAAGCAAAGCUCCCGCCACCCUCCGAGGGUUUGGUGGACAUGCGGCGCGAGCAUGUGCCAACAGGUGGGCGGGAGAACUUCAGGGUCUUCGAGGCGCUGGGGUCCGACGGCGUGCUCUCCGUGGAGCCGGCCGUGGUCCUGUUCGAAGGGUUCACGGCCCGGAAGACCGCGCGGCGGAAAAUCCGCAUCGUGAACACGUCGAAGCGCGGCACGCGCUACGUGAUGCAUGCGCCGCCGCCCGAGAGCAACUUCAAGGUCUCCCUCGCGAGCAAGAAGGGCCGCCUCGCGCCGGGCAUGGCCGACGAGAUCGAAAUCACCUUCCACAGCGACAAGUACGAGGACUACACCGACAUGAUCGGGCUCGAGUGCGAGGGCACGAACAUCGCGAUCCCGCUGCACGCGUUCCCCGCCCCGCCGGACCUCUCGAAGCAGGUCCCGCGCACGAUCGACUUUGGGCUGUGCGCCGCGGGGCGCUCCUACACGCGCAGCAUCACGCUGCGCUCCGGCCCGGGCCCGAGCCACGCGUUCGAGGUCCUGUGCGCGAACCCGACGCCGGAGAUCACGAUCGAGCCGUCGUCGGGCAUCAUCCCGGGCGACGACAGCACUUACAUCAUGGUGACGUACACGCCGGCGACGCUUGCGACGGCCAGCUGCGACAUCGACAUCCUCGUGCCCUCGCACCGCGGGGCCAAGCCCGUGCCGUGCCGGAUCUUCGGGAGCGGGGCGCCUGGCGCCGCGCGCGAGGAGGCGCUGGAGGGCAUCACGGGCACGCGGCAGCCGACUGCGGCGCUGUCGCUGGCGUCGCUCGAGGGCCGCGACCAGCUGGACGAGCCGCUGGUGCCGCCGGGCGGGGGCGCGGGCGGCGGCGACGCGUACACGCGCAUGGUGUACAGCCGCACGCAGCGCCGGUCGUUCCUGAAGAGCCAGUCCGCGCGCGGCGGCGUGGCGGGCAUCAAGCUCAAGCCGCUCGUGCAGAAGCCGCGCGAGCCGGGCGUGGAGUGGCAGGGCACGACGGUGACGCACGCGACGCUCAAGCCCGGCGCCAUUGGCGAGGUGAACCAGCUGCUGAUGGAGCGGCCGGGGCGCCUCACGCUCCGCUCGCUCCACGAGGCCGUCGAGGAGAAGCAGCGGCAGCACAUGGCUUUCGCCAAGCGGCUGGACAACCUGGCCGGCGGCGACGGCCUGUCGCGUGCGGGGUCGGGGCGCGCCCUGUCGCGCGAGCAGAGCAACGACUUCGCGCCGAAGCAGCCCGGGAUGCGCAACUUCGCGGCGCUGAAGCGCGCGUCUGCGCUGGACGACCCGGGUCUGGACCACAUGAUGAAGGCGGAGUUGUUCGAGAAGAUGUUCGAGGAGAGUCUGGAGCUGGUGCGGUUCAAGGACCUGCGCGGGGGCACGGCGAACAUCGGGGAGCGGCUGAUGACGGACUUCGAGGACGACCUGUUCGCGAAGCGCGUGGCGGAGAUGGAGCAUGUGGCCGAGGAGCGGCAGCGGGACAUGGCGCUGGCGCGGAACAAGCCGGCGACGUCGGGGGAGCCCGCGCUGUGGCUGAUCGACGGCGCGCCGCUGACGCAGGAGGAGGUGAACCCGGGGACGGAGCCCAGCGCCCCGCCGAGCAAGAGCAAGCGCAGCAAGAGCCCGUCCAAGAAGGACAGGAGCGGGCCCGCGCCGUACGUGCCGUCGUUCACGCCGUACGAGAACGACUCGUGGAACAUGCGCUGCCUGGUCGUCGACCGGUUCAAGGCCGCCGUGCGCCGCGCGAUCUACCGGUACCGCGCGGGGCGGCGGCUGCAGCGCCUGAACAAGUUCCUCGACGGGGCCGGGCGCAACCGCGAGCAGGUCGCGAAGAUCGGCGAGAAGAUGCUGAAGAUGGCCGGCGAGGAGGCCGUGGGCGCGGCGGUGCAGAUCGACCUCCGCGAGGCGCUCAAGGACACCACGGUCAUGCCCUCGGUGCUGCCGUCGUUCCGGCACCGCAAGUUCCAGGGCCGCGCGGAGCCCGUCGGGCUCAUGCAGCCCGCGGACUGGGACGAGCUCCCCGUGCUGGACCUGAUGGUGCCGACGCGGUACAAGCUGAUGGGGUACACGCAGGUGCCGUUCGAGACCUGCGUGGACUACAUGGACCGCGCGCUCGACCAGCCGCUCCUGCAAGGCGCCGAGGAGGAGGCCUCCUCGCGCGUGGUGCCCGCCGCGACCCCGCCCGCGGCGCCAGAGGGCGAGACGGCCGCGCCGCCCGCGCUGCCGCCCAUCCCCUCGCACGCACUGGACCCGGGCUUCUCGCACCUGCACUUCGGCAGCAAGUACGCCGAGAGCGUCGCGCUGUGCCGCCCGGCCGCGGUGUACGGCGUCGACCGCGAGCGCCCGCUCCCCGUCCGGCAGUACGACUUCGAGGACCUCUCCAUGGACCACACCAGCAGCAACGCCCUCGACGCGCUCGACAGCUUCGGGUUCCCGCUCCUGCACGCGCGCUACACGCCGACGCUGCACGCCUACUCGCAGCCCGAGCGGAAGCCCGUGCGUGUCGACCCGGCGGACCCGGACUCGCCCGCGCUGCCGUGCGUGCCGCUGGUGCACGCGCCGGACAUCAUGGCCACCGCGCAGCGCCGGGCGCUCAUGGCGCACCACGCCGACGACUGGCGCGCGCUGCACGCAGGCCGGGGGCCGCACCGCGCCCCCGCCCACCUCGCUCGGCUGCGCACCAUGCUGUCGCACGCCGCAGGGCUGCACCACGCCCCGUCGAGCAUGGAGCCGUCGCCGGAGCCGUCGACGCGGCGCGUGGGCGGCCGCGUGUCGCCCGCGCCGUCGGCCGUCUCGCAGGUGCACGGGUCGGUGGCGGGCAGGCAGCGCAGCGGCGCGGUGUGGUACGACCUGUGCGGCGACGCGCUCAUGACGGUGCCGGAGCUGCUGACGCGGCCCGAGCCGGAGGACGCGCUGCCGGACCAGGACACGACGGACAUGCCGGAGCUCGAGAUCGUGGCGCCCACGGACGAGGACGUGGGGCGGUUCAUGCCGGGGGGGCAGGACCCGGUCCCGGAGGGGGAGGGGGAGAAGGACGGGGGAGAGGGGGGCGAGGAGGAGGAGGAGGAGGAGCGGGAGGAGGAGCUGGUGGGGCGCGAGGCUGCGGAGGCGGAGGUGGAGAAGGAGGCACAGGAGAGGCGGCACGUGCUGGGGGAGCGCGUGGCGCACCCCGUGGCGGACUACAACGGGAAGCUGCAGCGGCCGUGCUUCUCUGCGAUCCAGGGCGUGAUGUGA